AUGUCUGCUCCACCUCCGGUGGCCCCGAGAAAGUCCUCAGGCCUCCGGGUCGUGAUGCCUCCAGGAGAGCGGCCUCCUCCCGGCAGCCUGUCCAUGAACACAGUUUCUGAGAAUGGUGCCGACGAGGACUCAAAUCAUACAACUAAACAGAAUGCAGAGAGAGAAGUGGAGAUUCUGAACCACUGCUUUGACGACAUGGAGAGAUUCAUGGGGCGGCUGCAGCAGACGGCCGAGGCCCAGAGUGUUCUCGACCAAAGGACAAAGAAGUCAAGGAAGAGUAAGAAGAAGCCGGGACCCGAUGAUGAUUUAUUGACCAUGAAAGCGUCUCCUCCAUCAGAGGAAGACUUCUUGGACGUCUUUCAGAAAAUCAAGUACUCCCUCAGUCUGCUGGACCGUCUCAAGUCGUCCAUCUCACAGCCUGAUGCCUCCGACCUGCUGCAUCACAUCUUUGUGCCUCUCAGACUAAUGGUGAAAACCACCGGAGGCCCAGCCUUAGCAGCAUCCGUGGUCAGUCCUGCUAUGACCAGCGGCGCCCUCUCACUGUUCCAGGAGCAUCUGGCUGUGGAGGAAAAGGAACUCUGGACUUCAUUAGGGUCUAACUGGACUUCCUCAUGUUCGAACCUUGAUGUGUCUGCUGGUCCAUAUUCGCCCGUCUUCCUGGACGGAUGGCAGUCGCAGGCCCGCGACUCAGCUGGGCAGCCUCUCGAAGAUCCCAUCGCGUUGCAGCAUAAGCAGGAUGCCCUCAGGGAAAGGAGACAGCCACAGACUCUGCAGAAACCAGCUCGACAAGCAGCAGGGAGCGUUGGUGAAGGCACUGAUGAAGUAGAAGGCAACGGGCUCCCACCAGAGGGGGAGAGGUUUUACUGCUGCAGCUACGACUUUGUGGCCAGAAACAGCAGCGAGCUGUCUGUGCUACAGGGAGAAACACUGGAGGUAGUAGAGUCGGCGGCGCGAUGGUGGAAAUGUCGGAAUCGCUUCGACCAGAUAGGAUUUGUUCCCCACAACAUCCUGGAGCCUCUGUCUGCUCUGAACAACACGGGGAGGGACAAUCCACUGGUCCGCAGGGAGUCAAAGGUGCAAAUUGCACUUUCCCCUUCAACAAACUACUUCACAUUUCCUCCAUCCAGCCCGGAUGGGACCAGUCCUACUGCUACGAGCCCAACGACGCGCCCACGGAGUGGAGAAGAAAGUGACCGAGUCCUGAUAAUAAACGAUGAGCUUCUGCUGCGGCUGGCUGGGAGAAAAGAGUCUGUCCGUCCGCCGGUGGUCCCUCGGACCCCGGACACUUCUACUUCCCUCAACUACCACUCGCCACCUGCUGAGGUGGCGGCCUGGCUCACCGCUAAGGGCUUCAAUCAACAGACGAUUCAGGGUCUGGGCAUUUUAACUGGAGCCCAGCUUUUCUCUCUGAACAAGGAGGAGCUCCGCCUAGUGGCAUCGGAGGAUGGUGCAAGAGUCUACAGCCAGAUAAUGGUGCAGAAGACGCUUCUCGAGGAUGUGCACAAAGCCACGGAACUGGAGGCGGUGAUGGAGAAGCAAAAGCAGAAGAUCGGCGUGAAAUCGGAGGGUGGUGCAUUUUGACUGAGCCCAUCCACAUCCGCAGAUACAGUUGAGGCCUCAAACAUCAGUGGACGUACACGUGGUGUUGCUCGUACAGCCGGUGGCACAGAGGCACGUUUUAAUCGUGCGUGUUGUUGUGUCUCUUCUGUGCCAAAGAUUCAUGGACAGGAACGAGCCGAGUUCAAAGUAAGACUCUCUUACUAAUACGCUUAUAUUGAAACAAGCUUUAAUCAAGCUUUGAUCCUCGACAGUAAACUAACAUUAUUUUUGUUCUGUAUUUAGUGAAAUAUAUAAUAUAAAGUACAGAUGCAUACAGUUCUACAGUAUGCAGUCAUUACUCACAGUGACAUUUAAGAAGAAACAAAUAAUUACAACAGUUAAAAAAUGUGGAAUACAAUUUACACCAAGCUUAUUCUGACACUCCUGGAUUUCAGAUGCAAAAGAUUGACUAGAAACAUUGUGAGGGUUGUAAGGUGCAGCUGUGGCAUUGAGGGAGAACUGCAGGUUGUCUAUUAUUCGCAGGGUUGUUGGUGUGGCUCCAGCUUCUUCUGUUACCUUUAAGGCAGUGGCAAAGAUGCUGGGAGUCGAAAUACAGUGGAAAUACACUACCUAUGUGUUUAUGCCACGGAAGGACAUCACAGGCCACAAACAGAAAGAAGAACACAUGUGAAACACACUGUUAGAUUGUAUACAUGGGCACAGAAUGUGUGUGAUCUGCUGCCGGAGCCAUGGCGUCCAAAGAAGCUCCAAAAGUAUCUCAGGGGAAAAAAGGGACGGUAAAGAUCAGCAGACCGAGGCACAAUGGAUAAGGUGUGAUGGAUUAGAUGUUGUUUGAUGAAUCGCCUCGGAGUCAGGGUUCUCCUCCUGCUCCCAGCGACCCUUUCAGAUCGAGCAGCUGCAGGACAGUCCCUCAUAGAGAAGACAGACCUGCUUUGAUCCCAGUUGGAGAAUCGAAGAGUGGCAUUUACCGAACCGAGCCACUGAGGGAAUUCAUGACUGUGUUGGGACCAGACUACUUCAGUGAAAAGUAACUCAGCGCAAGAACAGUCUUGAGUGAAUCAUAGUUUUUAUUGCAUUAACGUCAACCUGCAUUCAGACAAUGUUGCUUGCUGCAGACAAAUACACUUAAAUUAUUGUACGUCAUAAAUAUACACAAUUUCAGUCAAUGAGAUUAAAAAUGUUGCAUUGUGGUGCACAUCAGAUCAGCAUUUAUAUGAGGGAUAUAAGGGAUAUGUUGCUGUGGAUGUGGCAGCUUAAACAAUAUAUAUAUUUUUGUAUAACAGCUGUGUUUUCUAUGAUUAAAAUACAUAAUACAAAAUGUA